GGCCAAAGGGCGCGCCCACCGAGCCCCGACGCCACCAGGAACUGCCUCCUUGGGUCCCAAGGCGGUUGCAGGGCUGUGGCCAGAUGGGCACACCUCCCACUCCCUCCCAGGAGACCCCUCUCACCCCCCACCCCCAGGGCACCCUUCUUCCAGGUCCCGAGGUCCCCCGUCCAGUACCCAGCCUCCCCUUUCCUUCCUGGAACCGCAGCCUCCGCGAGCUCCGCCCUGCAUCCCAGGGCCCCGGUGGCCGGCUCCGCCUUUGCUGGGUACUUGGCUCGUGUGGCCGGGGUGGGCCAGGCCAGAUAUAAAGCAGCCUCGGCUCGGCUGGCAGCACCCACAAGCCUCCUAAGACCUUGCCCCAGCCACCAGCCCCGCCACUCAGCGCACCGCCGGAGCCAUGACGGGCAGAAAAGCAUUGAUCGUACUGGCUCACGCAGAGAGGACAUCCUUCAACUAUGCCAUGAAGGAAGCUGCUGUAGAGGCUCUGAAGAGGAAAGGAUGGGGGGUCACUGUGUCAGACCUGUAUGCCAUGAACUUCAAUCCCGUCAUCUCCAGAAAGGACAUUACAGGUAAACUGAAGGACCCUGAGAACUUUAAGUAUCCUGCCGAGUCUGUUUUGGCUUAUAAAGAAGGCCGUCUGAGCCCAGAUAUUGUGGCUGAACAAAAGAAGCUGGAAGCUGCAGACCUUGUGAUUUUUCAGUUCCCACUGCAGUGGUUUGGAGUCCCUGCCAUCCUGAAAGGCUGGUUUGAGCGAGUGCUCAUCGGGGAGUUUGCUUACACGUACGCUGCCAUGUAUGACAAGGGACCCUUCCGGAACAAGAAGGCAGUGCUGUCCAUCACCACUGGUGGCAGCGACUCCAUGUACUCUCUGCAGGGAGUCCACGGGGACAUGAACAUCAUUCUCUGGCCAAUUCAGAGUGGCACUCUGCAUUUCUGUGGCUUCCAGGUCUUAGAACCUCAACUGACAUACAGCAUUGGGCACAUUCCCGCGGAUGCCCGACUUCAGGUCCUGGAAGGAUGGAAGAAACGCCUGGAGAGUAUCUGGGAUGAGACUCCACUAUAUUUUGCUCCAAGUAGUUUCUUUGACCUAAACUUUCAGGCAGGAUUCUUAAUGAAAAAGGAGGUCCAGGAAGAGCAGAAAGCUAAGAAGUUUGGCCUUUCUGUGGGCCAUCACUUGGGCAAGUCCAUUCCGACGGACAACCAGAUCAAAGCCAGAGAAUAAGACUCACAAGGCUUGAUUUUCUUCUAAAAUGUAGCCAAGUCUAGGUUUCUUCUUCAGGCUUCCUUUAGUUUUUAAGAUUUGUGCCUUUCUUUUUCCACGAGGAAUGAAUAUAAGAGAGAUUAGACUAUUCAUACAUUUUUCAAUAGUUUUUUUAAAAACAUAACUGAUUUUUACAAUUGCUAUCAUGGCAACAUCUGAUUAGGUUCAAGAGGCCAUUUAAAAUAUAAAGCAGGGAAAGGUGUAGAAAGGUGCUAGAAAAUAUCCUUUAAAGUCCUGUGUACAACUUAAUCCUUCUCUUAGGGACACAUUUUUAGGGUUAAAUCUGGCUAUAAAACAUCUAACUCUUCAAUGAUCUAUUUUUCUUUUAAUUAUCUCUCUGUGGUUUGCAGCAAAAGGGAAUUGCCCAGAGAAAGCAAUGACUGAAUCGGUCAGACCUAAGGGACUUGUUUGUGAUAUGCAUUGGUUUUAAUUACUACAUAGUGACUGGUAUGGCUAAUCUGAGUGUUACUCUUCCUUUAACUUCUGUUGUUUGUAUACAGUACACACAGGUAUCUUGAAAUGAAAAGCUAAUAAAAGUCUCCUUUACCUCAA